AUGGAAAGCACUCGGGUGUUUGUGAGUGGCUUGCCACCAACCUGCUCCAAUGAUCAACUUCGCAAUCAUUUUGCAGCUCGCUUCCAAGUCACAGAUGCUCAUGUUUUAAACAAGCGUCGUAUGGGCUUUGUUGGGUUUAAAGACCAUGAAACAGCUCAGCAAGCUGUCCGCCAUUUUAACAGGACCUUUAUGAAAUUGUCCAAGAUCACAGUAGAUAUUGCCCGUCCGAUUGAUUCCAAGCCCACUGAAAGAUUUCACCCGACACGGAGGCAUGAUGCUGGCCCCGACUCUGACAAUGUCUUGAAACGGAAGAGAGACGCGGAGAAGACGCAAGACCCUAAACUACAAGAGUAUCUGUCUUUAAUGCAGAACUCAAAAACUCACACAUGGGCGAAUGAUGAUGGCAUGGUGAAUCCUACUAAGGAAGAACCCUCUGCCCAAGCAAAUACACCAGAAGCAGUUGUAACCGAGGAGCUGCCAUCCCAGCCUAAGAAGCCUCGCACUCAAGAGGCUGCCCCUAAGCCUCAGACUGACAUCCAGCCUACUAUUGUGGACCAUAGUGGCGAUGGUGAAGCCGAGCAUGCUGACAUGGAAGAUGACGGGGCCAAAGCUGAGAAUGCUCCUGUAUCAGACAUGGACUGGCUGCGAUCGAAGACAAGCCGUCUUUUAGGUCUUCUCGACGAUGAAGAGCAAGCCGAUUUCAAUCAACGAAAGGUUGAUGAGCUCGCUAGAUCUGAAAGUCCUGUCGAGGAAUCUCGUAGCGCAGCAAUCAACCAAAUUGCCAACCAAGGUACCACUAACAAUGAGGAUGUUGUUGAACCGACUGAACCGGCUCAACCGUCAGAGACAACACCGGAGCAAGACACCAACAUUGAUAAUAUCAGGCUCUCUGCUCGUUUAUUUGUCAGGAAUCUUGCUUAUUAUGUGACUGAGGGAGAUCUUGAGCCUUUGUUUUCAGAGUACGGCAAGACUGAAGAGAUUCAUGUGGCUUUUGACACUCGCACCGAAAAAAGCAAAGGGUUUGCCUAUGUGCAAUACCACGAUGCAGAUGCCGCCGUUGAUGCCUACCGUGGUCUCGACGGGAAGCAUUUCCAAGGCCGUAUCCUGCAUGUCUUGCCAGCUGCAGCAAAGAAAACCUACAAGAUCGAUGAACAUGAGCUUUCAAAAUUGCCUAUCAAGAAGCAAAAUCAAAUCAAGCGCAAGCUUGGAGCUUCCUCAUCAUCAUUCAGCUGGAAUUCUCUCUACAUGAACACUGAUGCCGUGAUGGCAUCUGUGGCCGAGAGACUGGGUGUUUCCAAAGCCGACCUUUUGGACCCCACUUCUUCCGACGCUGCGGUUAAGCAAGCGCAUGCUGAGACCCACGUCAUCCAGGAGACGAAGGCGUAUUUUGCUUCGAAUGGCGUCAAUAUCGACGCUUUUAAGCACCGUGAACGUGGAAACACUGCUAUCUUAGUGAAGAACUUUUCGUACGGAGUGAAGUCUGGCGAGCUGAGAUCCCUUUUUGAACCAUAUGGUCAAAUAAUUCGACUGCUUAUGCCACCCAGUGGUACCAUCGCAAUUGUUGAAUUUGCUCGUCCAGAUGAGGCCCAGAAGGCGUUCAAGGGUCUUGCCUACCGUAAAAUAGGUGACUCGAUUCUGUUCCUGGAAAAGGCGCCACGGGAUCUAUUUGAUUCCGCUUCAACCCCCAAGAUUGACGUCCCGGAGGUACGGGGCAAAUCACAGGGAUUCUCUACUUCAGAUACUUUCGCCGCGGAUGAGCCGGAAAGCGGCAUGACGACCACGUUAUUUGUGAAGAAUUUGAACUUCGCAACCACCAACGAGACUUUCUUGGAAGCCUUCAAGCCUUUGGAUGGGUUUGUUACUGGACGUGUUAAGACCAAGCCCGAUCCCAAGCGGCCAGGCCAGACCCUCAGCAUGGGUUUUGGUUUUGUCGAGUUCAAAACCAAGGCUCAGGCUCAGGCAGCCCAGGCAGCCAUGAAUGGUUACAAGCUUGAUCAGCAUGAGCUUGUUAUUCGUGCCUCUCACAGAGGUAUGGAUGCUGCAGAGGAGAGGAGACGCGAAGACACCGCCAAAAAGAUCGCGGCCAGAAGAACCAAGAUCAUCAUCAAAAACUUGCCGUUCCAGGUCACAAAGAAGGACAUUCGGUCACUGUUCGGGGCUUAUGGACAGCUGCGGUCGGUGCGGGUGCCUCAAAAGUUCGAUCGUUCCGCUCGUGGUUUCGGUUUCGCGGAUUUCAUCAGUGCUCGCGAGGCGGAAAAUGCCAUGGACGCGUUGAAAAACACGCAUCUCCUGGGUCGGCGAUUAGUGUUGGAAUUCGCGAACGAGGAGGCUGUCGAUCCCGAGGAGGAGAUCGCGAAGAUAGAAAAGAAGGUAGGGGAACAGGUGGACAGGGUCAGGGCCCAGCAGCUUAUGGGCCCCGGGCGAAAGAAAUUCACUGUAGGGGCCCAGGAGGACGAGGAAGCAUGA